CUCAACUCCAUGUAUUCAACAACUACUCUCAAAUAACUUUUGUUAUCAGUUCUCGAAAUCAAUAUAACAGCCGGUAAUACCGAGUCCAUAACUAAUCCCAAUUAUAUCUAAUUAUUUCAAAACCCAUAACGAACACCAAAAACCCACUUAUAUACAUGAAUUCAACAACUACUCUCAACUAAUUUUUGUUGUCAGUUCUUGAAAUCAACAUAACAGACGGCAAUACAAACACCCUAACAAAUCCCAAUUAUAUCCAAUCAUUUUCAAACCCCAUAAUCAAAACCAAAAACCCACUCACAUCCAUAGAUUCAACAACCACUCUCAACUUUUGUUUUGAGUUCUUGAAAUCAACAUAUCCCAAUUAUAUCCAAUCAUUUUCAAAACCCAAAACCAAAACCAAAAACCCACAUCCAUGGAAUCAACAACAACUCUAGAAUAGAAAUGUGUCAUCUCCAUCUUCUCCUCUUUCUCUCUCUUCAACUCCUACUCCUUUCUUCAGCUCAAAACGACACCGUACCCUCCACCUCAUCAUCUUCUUCACCAUGUCCACUGAACUUCACCACCUUGAGCACACUAGUCCGAGACGCAGACGUGAAACCCUCAAACGACGUCGGAGCAAACUGCGGCUACAUAGCAGAAGGUCUACGCCUCGUCCUCUCUCAAUACCUCCAAUCCACCGGGUCAUUCUACCCACCCGUUAACACCUCCGAGUCAUGCUGGACCUCAUACGACUCAGUCGUCGACUCGUUCCUCCCCGGGUUCAAGAUCCGGUCCUCAUGCGGGUUCAGAACUCAGUGGAUCUCCGAAGGUUGUAUGAACAUCUCAACUCGGUCGGAAUUCGAGCGACUCGUUCCUCAAUCCGCCUUAGACGACGCCGUUUCGAACUGUAACCAGUCGCUGGAAAACGGGUCCCCUUGCGCUUCCUGUCUCACCAGCCUCACCACUCUGCAAGCUUCAUAUCUCACUUCCAAUAGUCCUUUCAACGGUAACAUCUCCGAUUGUACAAAUCUACCGUUGAUUUACGCCGGAGCUUUAAUCAAUCAAUACGGACCGUCUGAUCCUGGCACCGCGAAAUGCUUAUUCUCACUCGAUUUCUCCUCCUCCCAAAAUCGCAACAAUCGGAAGAAAAAAAUACUGCUGAUUUCUCUAAUUACAGUCGUAGGGUUCAUCGGAAUAUGCUCAAUUUUCGUCGGGGGUUACUUUUUCUCGAGGUUGAAGAAGAAUCGAGCGAAAAUGGCUGAAAAAAAAAGGAGAAUCAACCGGGUCGGGUCAGGAGCAGGACCGAAUCUCUCCUCAAUAGGUGGAAGUACCCAUUUGAUGAAAUUCGGGUACGACGAGAUAAAACGCGCCACAAAAAACUUCCACCGGGAUAACCUCAUCGGAAAAGGCGGCUAUGGAAACGUAUACAAAGGUCUAUUACCGGAUAACACCACAGAAAUCGCCGUCAAAAGGUUCAAAAACUGCUCCGCCGCCGGCGACGCUAGUUUCACCCACGAAGUCGAAGUAAUCGCAAGUAUUCGUCACGUUAAUCUCGUCGAACUCCGAGGCUAUUGCGUCGCCACCACCAAUUUAGAAGGUCACCAAAGAAUAAUCGUCUGUGAUUUAAUGCAUAAUGGUAGUUUACAUGAUCAUUUAUACGGAUCAACGAAGCUCAGUUGGCCGGUGAGACAGAAAAUCGCGUUGGGGAUGGCGCGUGGGUUAGCUUACCUUCAUUACGGAGCUCAACCUUCGAUAAUUCAUCGUGAUAUUAAAGCUAGCAACAUAUUAUUGGAUGAUAAUUUUGAAGCGAAAGUUGCUGAUUUCGGUCUUGCGAAGUUUAACCCAGAAGGGUUUUCGCAUUUGAGUACUCGUGUUGCCGGAACAAUGGGGUAUGUUGCGCCGGAAUAUGCUCUUUACGGUCAGUUAACGGAAAGAAGCGACGUUUUCAGCUUCGGGGUUGUUUUACUCGAGCUUUUGAGUGGUAAGAAAGCGAUCUUAUCUGACGCCGGGAAUCCGUCGUUGUCGCCGUCGUUGGUGACGGAUUGGGCGUGGUCGUUGGUCAGAAAAGGGCAUGGGUUAGAUGUUAUUGAAGAAGGGAUGCCGGAAUUGGGGCCGGAAUCUGUGAUGGAGAAGUAUGUUUUGACGGCGGUUUUGUGUUCGCAUCCACAAUUGUAUGCUAGGCCAACAAUGGAUCAAGUUGUGAAGAUUUUGGAGACGGAAAAUAUGCAGGUUCCGGCGAUACCGGAACGGCCGAUUUCGUUUAAUGCGGAGUUGGAGGAUAUUGAGAGGUCGGCGAGUAGUAGCGGGUCGGGUCAAAUGUCGACUUCCGGUGGGUUUCAGUCGUAUUAUUCGAUGGGUCAUGUUGAUUUUGGUAGUCAUAAUGGGUUGGAAGAAGUAGAAGAUAAUGGUACGAAUUUGAGAUGAUUUUAGUUUAGGGUUAAUCUUUAUUCGGGGUGAGUUAUGGGUGGAUGGGUUUCAGUCCCCUCCCAAUUGUUGUUGCGGGGGAUUGAACACGAGUCAUUCCUACCAUGUUCAACUCAAUCACCGCUGAACCAACAGAUAAUCGUUAGAUCCCUCAAUUUGUAGUAGUAGGAGUAGUAGUAUACUUUGAUUGUAUAGAUUAGCCAUGUCUUUUUUCUUUGGUUUUUCUUUGGGUUUUUUGUGGGUUGAAGAUGAACUUGUACCAUGAGUAGGAAAAAUAAUAGGGAUGGGUUGUAUAUAUAAAGCUCAAAACUUUACUUCAUUAGUUCAUUGAUUCAUUGCUCA